AUGUCUGAGAAUCGAGAAAACCCCAAGAAAAAGGACGAUUUUCGAAUUUUAUAUUUUCGAGCCGCGAUUUCUAAUAUUUUCCUAUUUUUCACUUUUCUAUUGACCUCGAUUUAUUUGGCAAUACAUCGGAAGGCCUCUUUUGGAGACCCAAACCCGUCCUCCUGGUACUGGAUAAUUGACCUAAUUACCUCAAUUCUAUGCGGCUACUCGAAUUUCUUAUUUCUGCCAAUUCAUGCUCUCCGAGCUCAUGCAAUUACGCGGGAAUUUGAAAUUUUCAAUGAGGAACUCGAAAAUGCGGAUAAAGAGAAAAAAUUGGAGAAUUUGCCAAUUAUUCGAGGAUUUGGAGCCCGCCAAAUCAAAUUGUUCGAAAUUGCCAAUUCCUUAACUGGAAGAAUCGAACGCUACAUGACUUGGGCUCCUGCAUUGUCAAUUUUGGCAUUUUUAAUGGCUACAUACAUUAUUACUGAGUUUGGCGUAAAACAGUUUCCAGUUUUAUACCAUAUUUGUCUUAUUGCAUAUGUCAUUUCUGGAUUUAUCAUGAGUUUUGCAUUAAUGUAUCCAGUUGCAUUUAUACAAGAGGCGAUGCUUGCCACGUCACAUGUAUUGCUCAACUCAACUAUUCUCCAAGAGACCAAUGAUCCUUUAAUUUUCGAAAACUACCGUAUGAUUCUGGAAAGAUCUCUACACAAUCGAUUAACCAAUAAUGUUCUUCAUGUUUUUUCGAUAACUCGAAAAAAUUUAGAAAGAUUGUUUUUUGUGCAUUCUGUCAUGAUCAUUAUCAUGGUUUGGACAUUCGAACUGGAUGAUGGGAUUGCGAAAGGAUUCGAGGGAAUCGGGAAAAUGAUAAUGAUGAUGAACAUGACUGGAAGUCAUGAUAAUGUAUAA